GGAACAAAAUAAAUCAUAAAAUCCUUCAGUUUUACUCAGAUGUCAGAGUAUGACGGCAAACUAAAAUGGAGACCUACAGAUGAGGCAGUAUUGCUUGAACACCAGCAGGAGGCAGUGCUGCCAUCUAUGAGUUUAGCGCCUCUGUCAGCAGGCUGUGGAAAACCUUGAUGCCUCUUAGGACGAUGAAACUUGAAACACCAAAUGCUUUAUGACUCAUCAGAAAUUCUUAUGAGGAAAAUAAAACAGGAUUUUGAAGCCUUUUUGUUUGAUCAAGUGUAAGCAACUCAAUGAAUCAGCUUUUCAUGGAGACUAUAUGACAUAUCAAGUAUAUCUUACUUAAAGCGAUAAAUCAAGAUCUGCUGAGUGUUCUUGUUAAAAUACUUUAAGUAUUUGCUGUUGUGGAGACCAUUCGUCUCAUGGCUGUGAAUGUUAAUGGCCGUUCCUCUGUCUGUCAUGCUUGAAUAGGCAGUAGUAGUUAUUUCUAUAGAUGAAUGAAAAUGUGAUUUCUUUAACUUGAUUUGUGUUUUUGUACUUAAUGGUUCCCUUUUGACCUGAUGGCUGCUCAUUAAAAAAAAUCGGAUGAGAAGAUCUAAGUAAUUUAAAGGAAACUGAGGGAAAAUUAUGAAAAUGUAAGAAAAGUGAAAAUAAGUUCUGAGCUUGGAGAGGAGGUCUUAUAUCAGACGUCAUAUGUGCACACACACACACACACACACACACACCACACAUAUACUGACAUAGAUCAGGAAGUGUUCCAUCACUCCGAUUGCGCUGAUUCUGCAGACUCCUGCUACCGCUGCUGUCUGCCUCCGUUCACACAGCAGCUGCAUCAGGAAGGAGGUACGACUAUCAUCUGAUGCACCUGCUGAAGAUCUCUGCCCUCCUGGACCAACACAUGGACACACACACACCCAGACAGCAUGGGCUCCAGACUGAAACAAAACCCCGAGCAAACCUUCUACUGGUUCUUUGAAGCAACUUGCCCCGUAGCCAGAGACAAAGAUCCUGGUGUACUGUUUCAGUAUCCAGAGGACUUCAGUGAUGAGGAAUCUUUUCAAACAUUACCCAGGUUCUGCUUCCCGUAUGACAUACAGAGAGCGAGGGAGGGAGUGGCCGUGCAGCACUUUACUUUUGUUUUGACCGACCUUGAGGGAUGCCAGCGGUUUGGCUUUUGCCGGCUCACCAACAACACAAACACCUGCCUUUGCAUACUCAGUUAUCUUCCAUGGUUUGAAGUGUUUUACAAACUUCUCAACAACUUGGCCGAUUACCUCACAAAAGGACAGACCAAUGAGACCAAAGCGCUGCUGGCUGCCCUCUACAAGCAGCCCUUACCACCACCAGCUGGAUCUGUCACUCUGCAGAUGGGAGAGCAGCUAUUGGUCAGCACAGAGGUGUCCCAUCCUGUUGGACACCCAAAGGGACAAGAGGGGGUUCCAUACUUCAUUGCUCCAGACCCCAGAAGUCUCCCUUCCAUCCCUGAAAAUAGGAACUUGACAGAGCUGAUUGUGGCGGUAGAUGUGGGCAACCUGCUCCAGGUCUAUGCCAGCAUGCUGUUUGAGAGACGCAUCCUCAUCUUUGCCAGCAAACUCAGCACCCUGACGUCUUGCGUGCAUGCACUCAGUGCUGUGUUAUACCCCAUGUACUGGCAACACAUCUUCAUCCCUGUGCUGCCACCUCACCUACUGGAUUACUGCUGUGCACCUAUGCCUUACCUAAUAGGGGUCCACACCAGUCUAUCUGAGAGGGUGAGGAGUCGUGGGCUGGAGGAAGUCGUCAUUUUGAAUGUGGACACAAACACUCUGGAAACCCCCUUUGACGACCUGAAAAGGAUACCUUCAGAUGUGAUGUCCGGGCUGAAGGCGUGUUUGAAGCGUCAGGCCGUGUCUCCCGGCUGUGGCGUCUCGAGGGCCUUCCUGAAAGCUCAGGCUCUGCUGUUUGGAGGCUACAGGGACGCGCUGCAGGGUCAAAAGGAGGGUGAGAUGUGGUUCAGCGAGGAGCUGUUUCUAGAUCACAAGUCUGCCAGCAUGAGGCAGUUCCUACAGAGUGCCAUUCAUUUACAGUCCUUCAAACAGUUCAUCGAUGGCCGCCUGGAUAUUCUGAACAAAGAGAAGGAACCAGAUGAUCUCUUUGAGGAGGAGAUCUUUAAGUGUGAAACAGCUGCAGGAAGAAGCAAAUCCUAUCAACAGUUAGUUGGUAAUUUAAAGAAAGGGGGAGGAGCGCUGAUCCUUAACAUGAAGUCCAAAGCAAACAUGAGGGCCAAAGGUCUCACCAAGUCUGGUUUGAAAAACCUGCUGAUGCACAAGGCCCACAGUGAAGAACACGCCCUUCAGAGAGGAGGCUCUGUGUCGCACCGCCGUGCCCAAUCUGACUGCUUGCAGAACCGCCUGCCAAUCACACAACACUUUGGGAGGUCUCGUCCCCGUCGGCCUGUUUCCAAACUGAGGGCUCCCGGAGACGAGGAAGACAUGCAGGACACUGGAGACGCAUGGGCUGGAGCUGUGUCUGAGCCUGCGGUUGAUCCUGACUCUGAGCUCCAGAAGGAUGAAGAAGAGGGUGAAGAUUCAUUGCUGUGUGACCCGGAGGAGAUGGAUCUGCUGGGGGAGAUCUUUGACACGCUCAGCUCCCGGAGCUCCCACGAACGAGGCCUGCUGUAUGGGACACGCAGCCUGGAUCUGUUUGGACCGGACAGCCAUGACUAUAUCACAAAGGACCGUUUUACAGCCAACCCAAGCCAGGAGAGCCUGUCUCUGUCCAUCAGCGGCAGUGGCAGCCUCCACAGCUGGAAUCUGGAAACCACAGAGGAGUUGUCAGACCUGACGGAAGACUCUGAUUGGCUGUGCCUGGACACCAGCCUACCAGAGGAGGAGGGGACAGACAGUCGGCUGGCAGUGUGUGAAGUGAGAGAGCAAGAAAUCAGAGGGAGGGAGGUCCGAGAGGAACAGGAAGAAGUGAAGGUAGCAAUAAACAGGAACCAAGAAGAAGAAAUAGAUGACAGAAAUAACUUUGGGGAAGUGAGGUUAGAGGAAGAGACGAAGAAAGCGGGUCAAGAAAAGAGAGUGAGUUUAGGAGAGGACACUUUAAAAGAAAUGGCUGAUAAGCUAAAGGAUGAACAGUUGAGAGAAAAUAGGGAGUACGAGCAAAAUCAGAAUGAGGUAGCUGAGGGGCGAGAGAUAGAAAAAGGAACAAGUGAAAUGCAGAUAAAUGAAGCAAGAGAAGAAGAGGGGAAAGAUGAGCAGGAGGAGAAGAUUAAAGAGGUGACUUUAAACAAACUUAUAAAACUGAAUCCCCAUCACCCCAACCCUGAGGAGGACAAUCUGAAACCCACAGCUUCUCCUGGACCUCGGAGUCUCAUCGUUGACCCUGAACCUCCAGCAGCUCAGGACAAAAGGAGUGAAGAAGAGGUAAAGAAAGAGGAGCAGGAGAUGAGACAGAGACAGACCCCCUGUCCUCCUAAAGUGCCCCCUCCUGUAGCACGCUUCCAGUCUCAGGACAGCCGGGGCUUUCAGGUGAAGUCCGGGACCAAGGAGCUGGCUGAACCUGGGAGACUUGGCAACAUGCUUUGGAGCAGGGAGAAAGCACAAACGCAGCCGCCAUGUGACUCAAAUAUAUCGGAGGAGAAAAAACGCUCAGAGGGGCAUGAAUGUGAAGACCCGCCUCUCAUCAAAGUGUCUGAACUGAAGAAGCGAUUUGAAGCUUAGAGGAUGAGGCUGGCGACAUUUUAGUUUUUCUUGUCCUGUCUGUCCCUUACAUAUUGUAAAGUGGGUCACAAAUAUACAGUCAUUUCCUGAAACAGCUGGGCACUGCAGCGUCAAGCAAAUGUUACACACACCGGAGUGAAAGGUGCGUUUGUUAGGGACUAUCAGCCACAGAUUUGGUGCACUGGUGAGUAUUUACAGCAGUGGAGUCAAAAUAAACCAGUGUGUUCAUUUUAAUGAAGCAUUUAACAGUGUGGCUCACUGAUGUGUUUUCAUGACAUAUGGCACAUUGCCAAUAUUUAGCAAGUAUUUGAACUGAUUUGUUUGUCUGAAUAUUGUAUACUUGAUGGAAUAACUUGUGAAUUGCACUUAUUAGGGCAAUUCGGCAGCAUGGUUGAAUUAAAUAAGUUCUCCAACAGUGAGGACAACUAAUGUUUUGCAUAUUGUCUACUGUAUGAUGGCCCAUUCAUCACUGACACCUGAAUAUUUGUCUGCUAGUGUAUGUGUGAGAGAGAAAUGCUCCAUCAGGUAAAACUGACAAAUGUAUUGCAUUUUUUUGGUAAGCCGUCACACAGAAUCUGAAUAACUUAAAACCCAAUAAAGUAAACAUUUUGAACAUCCAACAUCCGUUCAAUGACUCCAAUGAUCCAGGACGAGGGAGAGAAAGGGGCGUGCACAUUCCUGAUUUAUUAACAAAACACCUUGUGUACAACACAUACUGAUCUUUAUUUAUUUUAGAAAUUGAACUUCUCAGAGCGUGACAUAAAAGUGCAUUACAGUCAGUGUUUUAAUCAAUAUCCUUCAGUACUGGAAAUCGUGUAAAACAAUUUGUUUUAUAUAUAAAUAAACACACAGUAGAGUAAAAAUAUAGUAACCUCUGUACAAAUACAAAAUAUACUUAAGCUCAUGUUCCUUAUGUGGCAGAAUAAAAGGAGUUAUUUUAAUAAACGAAUACCAUAAACACUCAAAUUACAUAUUUCCUCUUUUCUUGCAGUGAUAGAAUUGACUAAUCAGUGCAUUUGUUGGCACCAAAAUUUAAAAGGUGCGGGGCAAACAGUGUUGAGUGCAUCUAUAGAGUUUCUGGUGCACAAGACAAACAGAUAAUCCCGGCAACGUCAGAGAAACGGGAGGUAUCCAUCCGCAGGUUCACACAGCGACGGGCUGGUGG